CAAAUUGCGUGGGGAAUGUAAAAAAAGAAAAAGAGAGUGAAAAACGCAGCGUUUUUUUUGUCUUCUUCUUCAGCACAAUACAAUCGAAGCAUCAACAAUAACAUAGCAACGCUUUUCUUCAUUCAUUCAUCAUCGUCACGUUUAUUUUCCAUUCAUUCACAAUUCACAACACUUUUUUUAGGGUUUCUACACUCUCUCUAUUUCUUUCUCAUACUUCAACUUGCGUUUUCUCGAUUACUCGCUGAUUUCAAAAAUGGACGGAACAGCUGGCCCUGGUGGAAGUGCGAAUGGGUUUCUUCGAAAUUAUAAAAUGGGAAAAACACUUGGCAUUGGGUCCUUUGGCAAGGUGAAAAUUGCAGAGCAUGUAUUGACUCGUCAUAAAGUUGCCAUAAAGAUUCUUAACCGCCGCAAGAUAAAGAACAUGGAAAUGGAAGAAAAAGUGAGAAGGGAAAUCAAAAUUUUAAGAUUGUUCAUGCAUCAUCACAUUAUACGUCUUUAUGAGGUUGUAGAAACCCCUACGGACAUAUAUGUGGUGAUGGAAUAUGUGAAAUCUGGAGAGCUCUUUGAUUACAUAGUGGAAAAGGGUAGGUUGCAAGAAGAUGAAGCCCGGAGUUUCUUCCAGCAGAUAAUCUCUGGUGUGGAGUACUGUCACAGGAAUAUGGUAGUUCAUAGAGACCUGAAACCUGAGAAUUUACUUUUGGACUCAAAAUGCAAUGUCAAGAUUGCUGAUUUUGGCUUGAGCAACAUCAUGCGUGAUGGUCACUUUCUUAAGACAAGUUGUGGAAGUCCUAACUAUGCAGCUCCAGAGGUUAUUUCUGGGAAAUUAUAUGCUGGACCUGAAGUAGAUGUUUGGAGCUGUGGUGUGAUUUUAUAUGCUCUUCUCUGUGGCACUCUUCCUUUUGAUGAUGAAAAUAUUCCCAACCUCUUUAAAAAAAUAAAGGGUGGGAUAUAUACACUUCCUAGUCAUCUAUCUCCUGGUGCCAGAGAUUUGAUACCAAGGCUUCUUGUUGUGGAUCCCAUGAAGAGGAUGACCAUACCUGAGAUACGACAACACCCAUGGUUCCAAGUUCGUCUGCCGCGUUAUUUAGCGGUGCCACCACCAGAUACACUUCAACAAGCCAAAAAGAUUGAUGAGGAGAUUCUUCAGGAGGUGGUAAAUAAGGGAUUUGACAGGAAUCAAUUGGUUGAGUCCCUUAGCAACAGGAUACAAAAUGAGGGUACUGUAACUUACUAUUUGUUAUUGGACAACCGUUUUCGUGUUUCCACUGGCUAUCUCGGAGCUGAGUUUCAAGAGACAAUGGAUUCUGGUUUGAACCAUGUCCACUCCAGUGAAGUUGCUUCUCCAGUUGUUGGACACCGCUUUUCAGGGUAUAUGGAUUAUCAAGGAGUAGGAACGAGGCAACAGUUCCCUGUUGAGAGAAAAUGGGCCCUUGGGCUUCAGUCUCGAGCCCAACCUCGUGAAAUAAUGGCCGAGGUCCUUAAAGCUCUGCAAGAAUUGAAUGUCUGUUGGAAAAAAAUUGGACACUAUAACAUGAAGUGCAGAUGGGUUGUUAGCAUCCCUGAUAAUCACGGAGGAAUGGUUAACAAUUCUGUGCAUAGUAAUAAUUACCUCGGAAAUGUCAGCAUUAUUGAGAAUGAAGCUGUUCCUAAGUCAAAUGUAGUCAAGUUUGAAGUGCAGCUCUACAAAACUCAGGAGAAAUAUCUGCUUGAUCUUCAAAGGGUUGAGGGCCCCCAGUUUCUUUUCUUGGAUCUUUGUGCCGCUUUCCUCGCACAGCUCCGUGUUCUCUAGUGUUCAAAAAUAGUACACUCACAUGGGGGACAUGAAUUGGUGUCCUAUGUUGCAUGUGAAUAAGCUUAAGUUGUACAUAUAAUUGCCCUUUCAGUAUGGGUUGACCUUAUAUUUUGUACUUUUAGUAUACCCCCAGUUUUUAUUUUGGGUGAUUAUGAUUAUGAGGCAAUCCUAAAUAUGGUAUUUCGCUUCCCUUUUCACAGUGAAUUGAGUUUUUCUCAAUCCUGUGACAAUGUGUGGGAAUGUUAUGGAAGGAAAAUAGUUUCCAUCAUCAGACACAUCUAUUAUUAAUUAAUGGUAUUGAACCUUAAUGUAAUUGACUAUUUAUUACUUGGGAGCUGUGGGGCUGUUUUCCAAAUCUGCAUUCAACAUUAGCUUGCAGAUUAGUCUUUUCUCCCCCGCUCCCCUUGCAUCAGAUUGCUGUUCAACUUAUGUAAUUGAAUGCUCAUUAUUUAUUAUUAUUAUUAGAAAUUGUUUUGGUUGUCA